AUGAAUCCAAAUUAUUUAUUUUAUAAUCCUGAUCCAUUCUGGACCAAGUUCCAGUUGAAAGAAGAACCCCAUAUAGAAUCAGGAAAGAUUAGUCAACAAGAUAUAUCUUCCAGAGUCGACGAACCGUUUCAAUAUGGAUGCACAGUUCCUAAUACAGAUCAACCACGAGCCAAUGCUGCAUUAGUCAUGCUAGCGAGAAAUUCCGAGAUCAAAGAUGUAAUCACAUCCAUGCAAUCCAUGGAACGACACUUCAACCAGUGGUAUAACUAUCCUUGGGUGUUUCUAAAUGAUGAACAGUUCACUACUGAGUUUAAGCAAGCUGUCAGGAAACACACUAAAUCUGAAGUUGAGUUUGGAGUUAUUGAACCAGAAGUAUGGGAUUUCCCUAAAGAUGUUGAUCGUGAUGAAAUCAAAGAGUACAUUACCAAGCAAGGAGAUCGAGGAAUUCUCUACGGUAAUAUGGAAUCAUACCAUAAAAUGUGUCGAUUCUACUCGGGACAGUUCUACCAACAUGAUCUAAUCAAGAAUCGAGAAUGGUAUUGGCGAGUUGAGCCAAAUGUGGAAUUUUACUGUGAUUUAACCUAUGAUCCAUUCAUCGAAAUGGAGAAACGUGGGAAGAAGUAUGGAUUUAAUGUUAUGCUUAAUGAAUUGUAUUAUACUGUUCCUGGUUUAUUUCGAGAAAUAAAAUCGUUUAUUAAAGAGCAAAACAUACAGGUUAAGAACGCUUGGCGGUUAUUCAUCCAUGAUUCGAAAUGGACCACGGGAGCAAACCAGGAUGAAUAUGAUGGGAUAUUCAUCAGACCACAUAUUCUCAAAGAAAUAGAAGAAAAUGUUGUGCUUGACAAGUUCUUAGCAAUUAAGGACAAGAAAGAUGAAGAUGUCAAGAAAUUUAACCCCACACUCAUUCACAAGCUAUUCUCAAAAGCUACCCAACUCCCGGCCCUUCAUGAAGAUAGAAUGGACAGGGAGGACUACAAUCUUUGCCAUUUCUGGUCGAAUUUUGAAAUUGCUAGGCCUGAUAUUUUCACUUCAGAAGUGUAUCAGAAACUAUUCAAAUAUUUAGAUUCCACAGGUGGAUUCUAUAAGGAAAGAUGGGGAGAUGCACCGAUUCAUUCAUUGGCCAUUGGUAUGAUGCUAGAUUUGAAAGAAAUACACUAUUUCCGAGACAUAGGGUAUCGUCAUUCCAACUUUAUUCAUUGUCCGAGAAACUCACCAAAGAACCAGUUGGAAUAUGUCCCUAGCGAUACAUACCAAGGAAACAAGAAAGACAAGCACUGGUUGUUUCCAGAUAAACCAAGGAAGUUUGGUGCCGGGUGUAGAUGUAGAUGUCCUAGACAGAGAUAUACAGAUACUGAAGAUGGAGGAGAUUCAUGUAUGCCUCAAUGGAAGAAGCACACUGAUGAUAAUUUCAGAGUGUUUCGUCAGGUUGAUACUGAUGAACUUGAAAACAAUAUUAAAAUUAGAGUUGACAAGUAUUUAGCCGAUGGGGGUGUAUUAGGGGAAAAGUUCUUUUACUAG